CCCUCACAUCCUACCUCUUCACUGAGUGCGCUGGACAAUUCGAUACCCCAACUUGCCAGUCUCCUUUGCGCCGUGUACUUCCUUGAUCUUCAUCAUCACAUAAUAUCAAGAUGCAGCGAGCAUUGACUAGCCGGACUGCGGCCUCGGCCCUGUCCCCUUCCGUCGCUUCCAGAUUCCGAUCCAACGGCGCCCUCUCUCAACAGCUCCGUUUUGCUCACAAGGAGCUCAAGUUCGGCGUUGAGGGCCGUGCUGCUCUGCUGUCUGGUGUCGACACCCUCGCAAAGGCCGUUGCCACGACCCUCGGUCCCAAGGGCCGCAACGUCCUGAUCGAGUCCAGCUACGGCUCUCCUAAGAUCACAAAGGAUGGUGUGACCGUUGCCCGGGCCGUUUCCCUCAAGGACAAGUUUGAGAACCUCGGCGCCAGACUCCUGCAAGAUGUCGCCUCCAAGACCAACGAGGUUGCUGGUGACGGUACCACCACCGCGACCGUCCUCGCUCGCGCCAUAUUCUCCGAGACCGUCAAGAACGUUGCUGCCGGCUGCAACCCCAUGGAUCUGCGCCGUGGUAUCCAGGCCGCUGUCGACGCUGUUGUUGAGUACCUGCAAAAGAACAAGAGGGACAUCACCACGAGCGAGGAGAUUGCGCAGGUGGCCACCAUCAGCGCCAACGGCGAUACCCACAUCGGCAAGCUGAUUGCCAACGCUAUGGAGAAGGUCGGCAAGGAGGGUGUGAUCACCUGCAAGGAGGGCAAGACCCUGAACGACGAGCUCGAGGUUACCGAGGGUAUGCGCUUCGACCGCGGCUUCAUCUCCCCUUACUUUAUCACCGACGCCAAGGCGCAGAAGGUCGAGUUUGAGAACCCUCUCAUCCUCCUCUCGGAGAAGAAGAUCUCCGCCGUCCAGGACAUCAUCCCCGCCCUCGAGAUCUCCACCCAGAGCCGCCGACCCCUUGUCAUCAUCGCUGAGGAUAUUGACGGUGAGGCUCUGGCUGUCUGCAUCCUGAACAAGCUUCGUGGCCAGCUGCAGGUGGCUGCCGUCAAGGCGCCCGGCUUUGGUGAUAACCGCAAGUCCAUUCUUGGGGAUAUUGCUGUUCUGACCAACGGCACUGUCUUCACUGACGAACUCGACGUCAAGCUGGAGAAGGCUACCGCCGACCUGCUCGGCUCUACCGGCUCCAUCACCAUCACCAAGGAGGAUACCAUCAUCCUCAACGGCGAGGGUACCAAGGACGCCAUCACACAGCGGUGCGAGCAGAUCCGUGGCGUCAUGGCUGACCCCACCACCUCGGACUACGAGAAGGAGAAGCUCCAGGAGCGUCUUGCCAAGCUCUCGGGUGGUGUCGCCGUCAUCAAGGUCGGCGGCUCAUCCGAGGUUGAGGUUGGCGAAAAGAAGGACCGCUUCGUGGAUGCCCUGAACGCCACCCGGGCCGCCGUUGAGGAGGGUAUCCUGCCCGGUGGUGGCACGGCCCUCCUGAAGGCCUCUAGCCAGGCCCUGGCCGGCGUCAAGCCUGCCAACUUCGACCAGCAGCUCGGCGUCAGCAUCGUUAAGAACGCCAUCACCAGGCCUGCCCGGACAAUCGUCGAGAACGCUGGCCUGGAGGGCUCCGUCGUUGUCGGCAAGCUGACUGACGACUUUGGCAAGGACUUUAACAAGGGCUUCGACAGCGCCAAGGGCGAGUACGUGGACAUGAUCGCAGCGGGUAUCCUUGACCCGUUCAAGGUUGUCCGGACCGGUCUGAUUGACGCCAGCGGUGUUGCCUCCCUGCUUGGCACUACUGAGGUUGCGAUUGUCGAGGCAGCAGAGGACAAGCCAUCCAUGCCUCCAGGUGGCAUGGGAGGUGGUAUGCCCGGCAUGGGAAUGAUGUAGAAAAGGUUAGUGACUGGAACAAGUAAGAGAAAAAGUUGUUUAUUUUAGAGCGGCACAGUUUAUUUGGGCACGUUGGCUUUGGUGUUUUGGUUGGAUCCAUGGUGGUCAUGUAUUCUCAUAUCUUCUCCCCACUCCAUCUCCUCUCUUCUACCUGGCAUACCCGCACGGCUACGUUGUCUGGAAACAUUUCCCAGGCCUGUAUAUUACCAUCAUCAUCUGAUAGAUGCGACAUCAAAACAAAACAGUCCGAAACCCAAG